CUUUAUCAAUUGGAUAGCUCAACUCACACUCAAAACUCUCACCUGGCCACAGUUUUCGAAUACCUGUUGCCUCAAGGAUCGCAAAUGGCGCGGUCGCUGGGCCUGUUGCUCCUUCUGGUGCUUGCGCUAGGGGCGCACGCCAAAAUCCACCACAGUGUAGUCGAUAAGGAUGACCGACCGCUGAUUCCCCUGACGGAAGCCUUCGGCUUCGCGGAGGGCGGCAAGUUGGACAUCACCAUUCGGGAUAUUGGGCUCUAUCGCCUGCACGGGAGCCAGGAGGACGUUAGCAACUGGGAGAACUUUGGCUUCUUCCUAUCACCAGUGGAGGCGGACGCAGCGCUCGAGCAGGACCUCACCGACUCGAGCAAAUGCAUUCUGAACGACGUGAACAACCUGUUCACGUUCAAGGACUCGUCAGUCCAGAAUGUCAUCCUGGGCAAGCUGGAGAGCUUUACCUUCCACUUCGUCGUGCAGAAUGGCGGACUCUUUUACCUGUAUUUCGCCAACUGCGAGGUGGACACCCCCAUCUCCUUUAGCUCCGUGAUUGAGAUGUACAACGUGGACACCUACGGACGCAAAGACUACCUGUCCGUGGGUGACACCAGCCUGGACGCGGUCUACUGGGCCAUGUUUGCGCUGUUCACGCUGUGCACGGUCGCCUGGGUCGUCUACUGCUACCGCAACAAGAGCCUGGUUCACAAGAUCCACUACCUCAUGUUCGGGCUGGGCGUGUUCAAGGCGCUCACGCUGCUUUCCCAGGCCCUCAUGGUCUUCUACAUCGAGCGCACCGGCUCCGCCGACGGAUGGAACAUCGCCUACUACGUGUUCACCUUCUUCCGCGGCGUGCUGUUCUUCACGGUGAUUGUGCUGAUCGGCACGGGCUGGAGCUACAUGAAGCCGUUCCUGGGCGAGAAGGAGGCGCGCAUCAUCAUGAUCGUCAUCCCGCUGCAGGUGUUUGCCAACAUCGCCAUCGUGAUCACGGACGAGGAGAGCCCCAGCGUCAAGGACUGGUUCACCUGGCGCGACGUGUUCCACCUGGUGGACAUCAUCUGCUGCUGCGCCAUCCUGUUCCCCAUCGUCUGGUCCAUCAAGCACCUGCGCGAGGCCAGCCAGACCGACGGCAAGGCCGCGCGCAACCUGGAGAAGCUGACGCUGUUCCGCCAGUUCUACGUCAUGGUGGUGGUGUACAUCUACGUCACGCGCAUCGUGGUGUACCUGCUGCGCAGCACCAUGCAGUACGAGUACAGCUGGGUGGCGGCCAUGGUGGAGGAGCUGGUCACGCUGGCCUUCUACGUGUGGACGGCCGUCAAAUUCCGACCCAACAACGAGAACCCCUACCUCAAGCUGCAGCAGGAGAUCGAGCUGUAGAGCGGCUUUUGGUUUGGUGGCAGUGUUAGGACAAUGCCCCUGCGUUGUGUGUGGGAUUGUGCAUGUGCAUGUGCCGCGGGGCGGCAGCUACUGCUGGAGCCAGGGCUGAGGCGGAGGGGCGGAGCGGAGGGGCUGCAGAGGAAGGGAGCUGCUGGGCGCCAGCGCUGCGCUGCUCAGCGCUUUUUGUGUUCACAGGACUUGCAGCGUUCAUGGAUGUUUUUGCGCAGGGGAGGCGGGCCUGGCCGCAAUGCGACGCGACGCGGUGGUAGGGUUCAUUCUUCAGGCGGCUGGGCCACGCGAGAGGAUUAGGUGCUAGCAGCCGAGGCGUAUGAUUGGACUCGGCGCAUGGAUUGAUCGGACUGCUGCAGCUACGGGACUGGUGGCACGACUCUAUAGGAUGCAAUGAAGCUGGCUUGGCAUGGAUUGAUGGAAAGGACUCGAAAGGAGAGAGGGUGAAGCGGCGGCACGGACAGUUACAGCGGGUAACGCGAGUUGCGCGGCGCCAUCAGGGCGCAUGUGCCUGGUGGAAUCUUUAACGAAUGAGAGAAUGUUGUUGUCAUGCUGCGGGUCAUUGGAAUAAGACACAUCCCACCGCACAUAGCUGCAUAGCUAGCCCUAAGUUGUGCGGUACGGAGUCAUGACGUUACGUCGACAGACACACGGAGCCCGCUCCGGCUUCUGUAACCUACCGCCGCG